AUGUCGUCCGCUAUCACCUCUCAGAAAACACCCAUCCAAAUUUCCAUCGAACCAGUUCUGCCCGGCCAAAAUUUAUCCACGACUUCAAAGCGAAGCGAGAUGGCUUUUAAAGCACUUGGAGGUGCCGGCGCGUCUUCUCUGGAUCGCAACCGAUUCGCCUACUUCGGCAACGACGAAGACGGUGAUGCCAAGCCCAAUGCUCCCGUCAAGACUGUCGACAAGGCCUCUACCCAUACCACCAAGCGCAAUGUCGAGCCCCAGGCUCCCGUAAGAGCGGCUGGUGCCACUGGUAACCGCCGUGGUGGCCCUGGUGGUAACGAGGGUGCCUUCCGCGAUCGCAACGCUGGUAGCUCUCGCAACCAGGCUCGCUCCACUGAUGAGGCCCCCCGUGAGGGCGCCCGUGGUGGUGCUGGAGCCCGCGGUCGUGGCGGUCGUGGCGGCCGUCGUCCCCGUGAGCAGGAUGACCGUCACUCCCGUCAGAACCGAGACACCACUGCCAAGCAGACUGCCCAAGGCUGGGGCGCCAACGAGGGUAACGCCGAGCUCAAGGACGAGCAGGCCGCCGAGGCUAUUGCCGAGGGCGACAAGAAUGCCGCCGCUGAUGCCGAGGUCGAGCCCGCUGAGCCCGAGGACAAGAGCGUUUCGUACAGCGACUACCUCGCCCAGCAGGCUGAGAAGAAGCUCGCACUUGGUGGCCACAACGUCCGUGAGGCUAACGAGGGCAGCAAGCUCGACAAGAAGUGGGCUGGCGCCAAGGCUCUCGAGAACGACGAGGAGGAGUAUGUCACUGCUACCGGUGGCAAGAAGCUCCGUGAGCGUGAGCGCAAGGUCAAGCAGACGAUUGACUUUGACCCUCGCUUCGUUGAGUCCGAACGUCCCCGUGGCGGCGCCCGUGGUGGUGCCCGCGGCGAACGCGGUGGACGCGGUGGCGCUCGCGGUGGUGACCGUGGUGGUGCUCGCGGUGGUGACCGUGGUGACCGUGGUGGUGACCGCGGAGGUGAUCGCGGUGGUCGCGGCGGCGAGCGUGGUGCCCGUGGUGGUGCCCGUGGCGGUCGUCCUGCUGCUGCUAACAUCAACACCAAGGACGAGGCUGCCUUCCCCAGCCUCGGCAAAUAA